AUGAUGUCCAGGAAAAAAUAUGGAGCUACUGACCCUAUUAUUUUCCCGCCAUUUUCUUCUGAUUGGCGCCUGAUUGGCUGUGUUAAAACGAUAGCGUUCUCUCUCGGUUGUACAAUUACCAUCACAGGACGUCUUUUCUAUCUAUCUAUCUAUCUAUCUAUCUAUCUAUCUAUCUAUCUAUCUAACUCAGUCUGUUCAUAUCUAUCUCAGUCUGUUCAUAUCUAUCUCAGCUGUUCAUAUCUAUCUAUCUCAGCCUAUUCACAUCUAUCUCUCUGUCUAUUAAUCUAUCUAUCUAUCGCAGUCUAUUCAUAUCUAUCUAUCUAUCUAUCUAUCUCAGUCUAUUCAUAUCUAUCUAUCUAUCUAUCUAUCUAUCUAUCUAUCUAUCUAUCCCCGUCUGUUGAUAUCUAUCUAUCUAUCUAUCUAUCUAUCUAUCUAUCUAUCUAUCUAUCUAUCUCUGUCAUGUUCAUAUCUAUCUAUCUAUCUGUAAUGUUCAUAUCAAUCUAUCUAUCUAUGUCAUGUUCAUAUCUAUCUAUCUAUCUAUCUAUCUAUCUAUCUAUCCCUGUCAUGUUCAUAUUCAUCUAUCUAUCUAUCUAUCUAUCUAUCUAUCUAUCUAUCUAUCUCAUUCAUGUUCAUAUUUAUCUAUCUAUCUAUCUAUCUAUCUAUCUAUCUAUCUAUCUAUCCCUGUCAUGUUCAUAUCUAUCUAUCUAUCUAUCUAUCUAUCUAUCUAUCUAUCUAUCUAUCUAUCUAUCAACACAACCAAUGUUUAACUACAGACUCAAUUAUAAGCUCGAUCGAUAUUGGCCGUGGUUUCAGAAUUAA